UUCUCAUCUAUAAGAAGGUCGUGGAUUGAGAGCUAGUCUGCCAACUACCUAUACACAGAAAAUUAAAGCAAAGAAAAUGAAGAUGACUGUUGUUCUGCUAAUUUCAGUUGUCCAUCUUCUUCUUGCAUUUUCCUCAUCACCAUGUGCUACUGCUGAACAGGUGGUGCUUGACGCUGAGGGCAAUGUUGUCAAAACAGGCAGCAAGUACUAUAUGGUAUCGGCAUUUUACGGAGCCGGUGGUGGCGGAAUAAGGCGAGCCGACGAUUCCGAGUGUCCAGCUAAGGUAAUACAGUCUCCGUUUGACGUAGAUAGAGGUACACCAGUCUAUUUCACACGUAAGGCAUCGAAGAAAGUAGAAAUCACUGAAUCCACUGAUCUCAACAUCGAGUUCUACAAGGACAAUCAAACUCAUUGUUCCAAAAAUGUGUGGUUGGUGGAAGGUUACCCAGGACUUCAUUACAAAAUGGACAUAUCAACUGAUGGGGUGGCAGGAGAACUUUUGCAAUUGGCCUCUUGGUUUCAGAUUAAGAAAGCUAAUAGUUUCUCUUACAAGUUGUCCUUUUGUCCUUUGAGUUUUGGAGGGCUGGGGUGCAUGGACAUUGGCACUGAGUUUGGUAAUGAUGGACAACGGCGUUUGGCUGUAAGAGGACAACGUACUUUCAACUUUGUUUUACUGAAGGAUAUUGAUGAUGACAUCGGAAUUAAAUCUGUUGUAUGAUUUGCUUUCAAGUUUGGGCCACAAAAUAGGAAUCCAUCGUCUAUGGAUUUCUAGUUUACUUUCCGUUGAGUAUGUCCCUACCUACUUGUAUUCUGUCUGCUCUACGCAUUCCAUCCUAAUAAAACUAUUGUGAUACGUUAUGUGCA